GGCGCUCGCCGCUCGCCGUCCUGCGCACGCAACUUGCCCCUGGCCCGCGGACCGUCCCGCACGCCCGUCAGAAACUCCCAGAACUAUGUUGAAUAAGAGUGGUGAAAGCAGAUAUCCUGCCAUGUUCCCGAUCUUAGGGGGUUCAUCCAUGAGCUCAGAUUUCCCACAUUACAACUUCAGGAUGCCUAAUAUCGGGUUCCAGAAUCUGCCUCUCAACAUAUACAUUGUGGUUUUUGGCACUGCUAUAUUUGUCUUCAUCCUUAGUUUACUCUUCUGUUGCUACUUGAUUAGGCUAAGACAUCAAGCACACAAAGAAUUUUAUGCCUACAAACAGGUUAUACUAAAAGAGAAAGUAAAAGAACUGAAUUUACAUGAGCUCUGUGCGGUGUGUCUGGAAGACUUCAAGCCUCGAGAUGAGUUGGGUAUCUGUCCAUGUAAGCAUGCCUUCCACAGAAAGUGCCUUAUUAAGUGGCUGGAGGUUCGGAAAGUGUGCCCCCUGUGCAACAUGCCAGUUCUGCAGCUGGCCCAGUUGCACAAUAAGCAGGACCGUGGGCCCCCCCAGGGGCCCCUCCCUGGGGCAGAGAACAUUGUAUAGCUCACUGCAAGGAUGAGAUGGUUGGAUACAUCCAUGGAGCCAGGAAGAAGGAGCAGGCUCCAUCCUCGCUGCUCUCUGCCUCAGGCACCAGCUGCCACUUCCUUUGCCUCGUGAACUCGUGGGCCAGCCAAGCUGGGAAUUUUGGCAUCUGGGUCUUGUGACAACCAAAGCACUGACACUACCCCCACGCCAAGAGAAGUGGAUGAGCCUACAGGUUUGGUUCCAGAAACUUCCAUGAGCAUCUCUGGCUAACUCCAUUACAUUCUUAUCUCCCAGACACUUACCUCCAUUUCAAGGCAAAUCAUUAUCAAACAGAAGGGAAGAUAAAUACAGGUGUUGGGGCCGGGGGUUGCA